AUGUGUGAAGUUCUUCAAUGUAGAGACAUUGAAAAACUGAUCAAGAAACGCAAGAGUGUGGAUGAAUCACCAGUCUACUAUUUGACCAUUGAUGACAUCAUCAAGAGGGCACACAUUGCAACAGGAAACGGUGGACGUGAAACAAUGAAUUGCAAUCUUGGGGCAAAGUAUGCCAAUAUUACAAAAGAAGCUCUUAAAUUAUUCAAGUCCUAUUGCAUCACAUGCCAAGAAAAGAGGAAGCGAAAUAAGACUGCCGGGGUUGUUGCGAAGUCCCUCUUGAGCAGUGAAUUCAACUCCCGUGGCCAAAUUGACCUUGUGGAUAUGCAGUCAUUGCCUCAGGCUCAGUUCAAGUGGCUCAUGGUCUACCGGUGCCACCUCACCAAGUUUGUCAUACCUCGAACACUUACAAUAAAGAGAGAUGCUGAAGUUGCCUUUCAGUUGCUUGACAUAUUCCUUCUCUUUGGAGCUCCUGCCAUACUACCAAGUGGCAAUGGUUCUGAAUUCACAGCUAAAGUCAUCUCAGAGUUGAAAGAACAUUGA